AGUUCACAAAAACAUGGCGGCGCCCAUUUCAGCAAGCGUGCGACUGUUGCUGAUCAGCUGAUGGGAGUACGACUGCAAGUCGUGACUAGAGUUGAUGAAGUUCUGAACAAAGUAUGGCAGCUGACGUUGGAAAAAGUGUGUUUACUGUGUGGACUCAACUCAAGUAUGAGCAUCUUCUAGCAGGAAUCAGUGGGGGUAUUCUAUCAACACUUGUGCUUCAUCCAUUGGAUCUCAUCAAAGUCAGAUUUCAAGUAAAUGAUGGGAACGUAGGGCGUCCAAGGUAUCAAAGCAUAUAUGAUGCAUUCCAAAGUAUCAUCCGACAAAAUGGCUGGCGAGGACUGUAUCAGGGAGUCACACCUAAUAUAUGGGGAGCUGGAGCGUCGUGGGGGUUCUACUUCUUCUUUUACAAUGCCAUAAAGGCCUAUAUGGAGGAUGGGCGUACAGGAACUCUUGGACCGGUCAAUCACAUGACAGCAGCUGCUGAGUCGGGUGUGAUGACGUUACUUAUAACAAACCCAAUAUGGGUAACCAAGACUCGUCUAUGCUUGCAGUAUGAAGGAAUUGGCAGAAAUACUACUGGUAAAUACAAUGGCAUGUUGGAUGCACUGGCCAAGAUAUACAAAUUUGAAGGUGUACGUGGACUUUACAAGGGAUUAGUACCUGGCCUGUUUGGUGUGUCACAUGGUGCAUUACAGUUUAUGGCUUACGAAGAGCUUAAAAAAAUACGAAGUACAUUCUCAUCAGAUCCUACGAGCAACCAAAAACUUGGUUCUUUGGAGUACAUUGUAUGUGCUGCUCUAUCUAAGAUGUUUGCUGUAAUAACAACAUAUCCAUAUCAAGUUGUACGAUCCCGAUUACAAGAUCAACAUCAAUCUUAUGAUGGUGUAUAUGACACAAUCCGACAGACAUUUAGGCGUGAAAGAUUCCUUGGUUUUUAUAAAGGCUUGGUUCCCAAUCUACUGCGAGUAGUUCCAGCUUGCUGCAUCACGUUUGUUGUAUAUGAGAAAGUAACUUCAGUCCUGGUUCCAUGAUGGAUUCAUAUUUUCUGUGUGAAGAAACAACUUGACAAAAGGUGUUUCUUGUUGAGUAUGAGUGGAGGGGGAGAUAGUGGGAAGUCAAGUUAUUCUCCAAGCUAACUAUCACCAUCAGCCAAGGCAAACCAAACUCAGGUUGUGACAGAGAAGGCAGAACUUGACCAACAAAUAUUUUAAAGUUUGUGAGUCUUCCAAGAAGCAGUAAAUUCCAAUAGUUUUCUAAAACUUCUAAUAAACUAUCCAUCAUUUUCAUGCUAUAAGUUUUGAUUUAAAAAUAAUUAUAAGCGUUCCUUUAUUUUGAUUUAUUUCAUUUACAAUUUUAAAACGGAAUUGUAAAAGUGAUCUUUUUCGCACUUCUGUCCCAAUCAAUAAUGUGACAUCCAUAAGACUAAAAAAGGUACUUAUCUAGCCACCAUUUAUCCAUUCAAUCUGUACUCCCCAUCGCAUGGCCGGCGCAAAUAGGGUCACAGCGCCUGCUGUACCCUGAGUACAUCAGACGAUCAGUUUCUCCGGAUUUUCUGCUCUCCCCGCUUGAGAUUCAGAGAAUAGAACGAGACAGAGAAUGGGAAAAACUUGUGUCAGACUGCUGUGCAGCCAACUGAUGAUGAUGAUGAUGAUGAUGGUGAUGAUGAUGAUUUUGAUGAAUGAGUCAACAAUUUGUGGGCCUAUUUUUUCCCUAAAAAGAUUUUGUUUUUUUCUCCAAGUUUCUUUAGAUUUCUUAUUCAUUUGCAUUCAUUAUGAAUCUUUUUUUAACACUCAACCAGAUCCUUGCCAUUUGAUUGGAGGAUUGUCCGGUCACGUGAUAGCAAAUAAACUUACCAAUAUUACCAAUACCAUUGCACGCUAUGUCAUACACCGUGCAUUUUUCGUUCCAUCCGAUUUGUUCUAUUGCAAGUGCACGUGUGCUUGAUAAUGCAUGCAGCAUUAGGCUUUACAGGGCCCAGUUUCAUGGCUCUGCUUUUUACCACAGAACUUGUUGCUUCUGUAAGCAUCGAUUCAGUGCUUACGGUAAGCGUUGAUUCAGUGCUUACGGUAAGCGUCGAUUCAGUGCAUACGGUAAGCGUUGAUUCAGUGCUUACGGUAAGCGUUGAUUCAGUGCUUACGGUAAGCGUUGAUUCAGUGCUUACGGUAAGCGUUG